AUGACAUCCAUGCAGUCGCGUAUUCAUGUCCCAGCAGCCGGUACCCGUGCCGCGUCCCUAAAUAGAGAAGUGGCCCGUUUCUUAGAUAACCACCAAGACCUUACGCUGGGGAGUGCUGAGUGGUACGAUGUGGAGCGGCAGAAGCACGCCGAAGUUUUUGCCCUCAAGAACCUCCCGAAACGCAAGGUUAACCCCAUCGGCACGGUCGAAUUCACCACUGUCCGCGGGCCCCAUGGAGACAUUCCGAUCCGGGUCUUGUAUCCGGAAAAUGGCAGAGACCUGAGGACAAGCGGAGAUGCGGGAGCGCUGGUCUACUGUCAUGGCGGGGGGUAUUGCGUUGGGAGUGUGGAUGAAUUCGAGAAUGGUUUGAGACUUAUAGCCGAGGAGUCAGGCUGCAUGGUUUUUGCUGUCGAAUACCGGCUGGCUCCAGAAUUACGCUACCCUGUCCAGCUCGACGAAUACUCGGCCGUCGUCGACUGGGUGCAAGGCGACGGGGGCCGAUAUAGGGGGGUGCACCCUCGCCGCGUAGCGGGGGGCGGAGACGGCGUCGGGGGUAGCAUGACGGUGGCGCUCUGCUUUCGCCGCCGCACCCUAGGCCUAAAACCACUGGCAGCCCAAUUGUUAUUGUACCCGGCGCUGUACUCGCCAUGCCUCGAUCCACAGGAGGAUGAGGGCGAGCCCGGGUACUACACGCAGGAUAAAGGCAUCUAUUCGUGUAACAUCCAUUACCUGCCGCUCACAGCUGGUCUUCCACGGCCCAUGGAGUACGUCUACCCUGGCGAGCAGGGCAGUUCUGGGCUCAUUGGGCAGCCCCCCGCAGCUAUUUUAACCAAUGGCUUCGAUCCCUUACGGGAGGGCGGCAUUAGGUUCGCCAGGAAGAUGAACAACAUAGAGUUGCUGGCCGCUUGGAAGCACUAUGGUGAUCUCGCGUAUGGAUGGCUGCAAAUGACGCCGUGGUCCGAGGCGGCACGAGAAGCAACCUGCGAUGCCGGAGUGGAACUCAGGAGGUUGUUGUACAAACGUGACAUUGAAGAGAAGCCGGUGCGGUAA